AUGCUUCAGGUGACUGUCGCUUUGCCAAGUGGCCGGGCUGAAUGCUUUUCAGUUGAUCAAGGCUCCACAGUGGGUGACUUGAAGGUCUUGGCCCAGCAAACUCUCCAGCAAGGAUUCCUCAGGCUUGUCACCACGGAGGGUCGUGUGCUUGACGACUUUCAGCAGUCUUUGCUGACUGCAGGGCUACAAGACGGAGACCAUGUCACAGCUUUUGUGCUGCAACCACGUGUGGUUGGAACAAGCCGAGCAGAUUUAUGGAAGGAUGAUAGAGGCGGAGCCUUCGCGCUGUGGUUCCCUGGAGGUGAAAGCAUCAUCACUUGGGGCCACCCAAAUUGCGGUGGUGACAGCUCCGCAGUUCAAAGUCAGCUGAAGGGGGUGCAGCAGCUGCAAGCCACAAGUUGUGCAUUUGCCGCGAUUUUGGCAGAUGGGUCUGUCGUGUCUUGGGGGCAUCCAGUCCGCGGUGGUGACAGCUCGGCGGUUCAAAGUCAGCUGAAAGGCGUGCAGGAGAUUCAAGCUACCGAAGUUGCUUUUGCUGCCAUUUUGGCGGAUGGAUCUGUCGUUUCAUGGGGAAGUCCAGUCUUCGGUGGUGACAGCUCGGCUGUUCAAAGUCAGCUGAAAGGC